AUGGAUUUGUCAAUAUUUGAUAAUCAAAGUCCAGCUCAUAAUGAUUUCCGUAGUGAUACAUUCACAACACCUACAAUAUCAAUGAUUCAAUCAUUAAGUCAAACAACAUUAGGUGAUGCUGUUUAUAAUGAAGAUUUGAAAACUAUUGAAUUAGAAAAUAAAGUGGCUCAAUUAACUGGGAAAGAAUCAGGAUUAUUUUGUGUUAGUGGAACUUUAUCUAAUCAAAUUGCCAUUAGAACUAAUCUUUAUCAACCACCAUUUAGUAUUAUGUGUGAUUAUCGAGCUCAUAUUUAUAUUCAUGAAGCUGGAGGUUUAUCUACAUUAUCACAAGCUAUGAUUCAACCAAUAAUUCCUAAAAAUGGAAUUUAUUUAACUUUAAAAGAUGAUAUUUUACCAAAUUUUAUAAUUGAUGAUGGAGAAAUUCAUGGAGCUCCAACUAAAUUGAUUUGUUUAGAAAAUACUUUACACGGAAUGAUUUUCCCAUUGAAUGAAAUUAAAAAAAUAUCUAAAUUUUGUCAUAAAAAUCAAAUUAAAUUACAUUUAGAUGGUGCAAGAAUUUGGAAUGCUAGUAUAGAAACAGGUAUUUCAUUAAAAGAAUAUUGUUCAUAUUUUGAUAGUAUAUCACUUUGUUUAUCGAAAACUUUAGGUGCACCAAUUGGAACAAUUUUAGUAAGUGAUAAAAAAUUUAUUUUAAAAGCUAAUCAUUUUAAAAAACAAAAUGGUGGUGGAAUUAGACAAAGUGGUUUAUUAGCAAGUAUGGCAAUUAUAGCUAUUAAUGAAAAUUUUUCAAAAUUGAAAAAAACUCAUGAUAUGGCUAAAGAAUUAGGUCAAUUAUGUCAUACCAAGAAUAUAAUUUUAGAACAUCCAGUACAAACAAAUUUUGUUUUCAUUGAUUUAAAAGCUAAUAAAAUUAAUCCUAAAAAAUUGAUAGAAAUAUCUAAUAAAUAUAAUAUUAAAAUUUAUUCUGGUAGAAUUGCUUUCCAUUAUCAAAUAUCUCAACAAUCAUUUGAAAAUGCUAAAAAAGUUAUUUUAGAAAUAAUUCAAUAUGCUAAAGAGAAUCCUUAUGAAGAAGAAGAAGAAGAAGAACAAACUAAUUUUAAAUUUUAUACCAGUGAAAAUAAAUAG